CUUUCUUUAUUUCAUUUUCCCAUAAAUCAAAAAAACAUUGAUACAGGACUCGUCAUUUACAUACAUACACAUCCUCCAAUUUCCAUAAACAUCUAUACAGGGAACAGACCCAAGAUGCGGAAAUAGUCAUCAAACACAUACAUAAAGUAAUACAAACCACACAACCAAGAUCACCCACAUUAACUGUCUAACACAUACAACAAUAUGAGGCAAAAAGAUAAUAUCCUGAUUAACAGACAUGUCACUAGUAACCACAAUACAACCCAUCACCUCUCCCAUAUUAACUAUAUUAAAAUGUGACGUUAAGCAUUCAAAUUUAUGUACAUUUGUAAUUAAAAUACUCAUUUAAUGCAUAAAAAGAGUUAGCAUGUAAAAAUCUUUUUAGGGCACAUUCAAAGGAUUUCUGGUUAUUAGAUAAUUGUUUCAGCUCUUUAGGCAGAUGAUUGAAGAUUUUUAUACCAGAAUUAUAUGCACCCUUUUGAACUUUAGUAAGAGAAGUACUCGGGGGAAAUAGGUUAACAUUCUGUCUGGUACCAAUAUUAUGAACCUCCGUAUUUCUUGUAAACAAAUGCAUGUUAUUUAUAGUGUGUUGCAUUAAGGAAUAUAUGUAUUGCGAACACAAAGGCAGAAUUUUCAUUUCCUUGAAAGAGUCUCUACAUGAAUCUCUUUUCUUUAAUCCCAUCAUAAUCCUUAUAAUUUUCUUUUGGAUCAUAAAAAGUCUUGUCAUGUAUGAAGAACUGCCCCAGAAGAUAAUUCCAUAUGUCAUCACAGAAUGUAUAUAAGCAAAAUAAAUCAUUCUUAAGCUAUUUAAUGAUAUCAUAGGCUUAACUGUUCUCAUGAUAAAGCAAGACAAACUCACUUUAGUAACAAGGUAAUCAAUAUGAUUCUUCCAACACAGCCUAUUAUCAAUAUUUAGGCCUAAAAAUUUGAUACACUCUAAGUUAGUCGGUAAAUUUUGAUCAAUAUUGUUAUUCAUAUUAUGAUCCUCAUAGUUCAUUAAAGUGAACUGGAGAGGUGGGUUUUAUGAAUAUUUAAUUUUAACAGAUUGGUUCUGAACCAUGUAUUAAUAUUGCAAAAUAUUCUGGUCAUGGUUGAUUUGUAGUCGGCAUAUUCUGGAUCAGUCACUAUUAUACUUGUAUCAUCUGCAUAUAAGAAUAUGUUUGUUCCAUUAAUUGAAACCUUAGUUAUGUCAUUUAUAUACAAGAGGAAAAUAAGUGGCCCAAGAACUGAACCUUGGGGUACGCCAAAUUUUACUUCUGCCCAACUAGACGAGCUAUUAAUAGAACUGUUAGGGCCAUUCAGGUAAGAUUUAAUUAAGGCACCAAACUUGCCAGUUAUUCCAUAAAACUCCAAUUUUUUGAUAAGUAUAUCAUGAUUGAUACAAUCAAAGGCUUUGUGUAAGUCGCAAAAUAUUCCUCCAACAAACUAUCUAUUAUUCAUUGCUUUUAGUACUUCCUCUAUUAAUUUGAAAGAUCAUCCAACACUCCGUAGCCAGUCGAUAUACCGAUUGAACUAUCCCGGCCUAUAAAUAGGUGAAGCCUGUAUUCGUACACAUUUGGCAAUAAAAAGCAUACACUCGAUAUGAAUAAGAGCUGUAGAUAUUCAUUAAGUUAAUUACUGUAAGCGUUAUGAAAAUAAUUAUUUAGAGUGCGUGGGUAAGCUAUUUCAAUCCUAAAUAACAUGACUUUCAAUUUCAUUUCUUCAGGGAUCUGACAUGGUACACCGAAGCAAUUUUCUUAUAAGGUUACCGUUUUGGUGCCCUGUGUUCGAUAAAAGUAAACAGACUAAUUACUUAACCCUGAUAGGUCGGAUCUUUUCAGCUACAUGACAAAUCACGGGAACAAUAUACAACUACGCGAUUGUUUACUCAGAAUUUAAAUUGUCAUGGUCCCAUUGGUCCUCUCUCAGGAUCCAAUAGAAGACGACCUUUGUGUUCGCGACUACAUGUUUCAGGGUCAAAAGACGUUACCCACAUUCGGACGUUUACUGUGACUCUGGGAAGUUAGUUUUACGCACCAUUUCCUACUAUAAUCAGAUUCCCGUGAAGUGGGUUUCUAUCGAAACAAGCAACAUGCUGAAGAAUCAGGGACUUGCAGCCUGCCCACGAAAUGUCAGCCAUGCAGAGGUGCUAGCAGCAGCUACAUCGGUUUUCUGUAGACAGAACCGCACCCCCUACCGCUGCAUAUUCCCCAACAUCUCGGAACGGCAGCUGGAUUUAGUACUGUUGGCUGCGUGGGAUUCAUCACCUGAGACAGAAAAGAACAUUUACAUAUCGGAGGUCCUCGACAUAUUUGGGACAGAUGGCUGCAAACAGAUGAUUAAUCCAGGACUGGGAAAUCUACACAGCCGUCUGACUGCAACUCCACAGCUGGCCCCAGAAGCAGCAUCACCAUCAGGCAGGAGGGCAAAUAAGAGGCCCCAUUUUUCUGCAUUUACCACCAUGAAGACGUGCAGUGGAAAAAGAAGAUGGAUGCCUGCUGCUCAAGAAGUCGAGACCAUGCUGCUUGAUGGUUUUGCUGCAGAAGAAAUUGACGAGGCUUCUUUCAUUUUCAGAUGUAUACUUGAGGAGCCAAACGUACAAUUUGACAGUGAUUUUGAAUAUACUUGGGAACCUGAAGAGAUCUUGAAUUAUUUGGACCAAAGCAGUAAUUUUUGGAUUAGCAUGCCAACUUUAGAUGACCUUCUGUUUCUAGAUAAUGAAGUGUGACAAAAUUCUCAUGUGAAAAAUUUACAGUUUCGGAAUUCAUGAUAGAGGAAUUUGUUAAAUUAUAAUCUAAAUUUAUUUUUUAUAUAAAUAGGACUACACUAUGAUAUUAUUUCAUAAUUAUAAACAGGUAUUUGUAUGAUUAUAAAGUCAGUUUCUUAAACAGAUACUUAUAUGUUCUAAAGUCAGAAGUUUAUAAAUUGUUAUUUGUAUAUUUAUAGAUUGUUUGUAAAUAAAAAUCAGUAGAAUAGUACUGAAAAAAAACUGUCUACUAUUUUGGCCAGUCCCUGUUACAACCCCUCUUUAACUGGAAAGGUAAUAACGAAAGAGAAACUGAAGAAAGUUUCUAAGAUACUUCUCUAAUGGUUUUCAGACCUACACAUUUACAGCUUGUUAUAAAAGUUUGGAAGAAGGGACAGAGAUGGACGAAUUCCUUGGAGAGAUGACCGCACCAAAAGAAAAUGGACAUGAGAUCUGGUACAUGGAAUGUGAGAAGUAUAUAUAGGACGAGGUCACUCAGAGGCAGAAGAAAUAUCAAAAUAUGAGCGUACUGUGCAGUAUAAAUACAGGGUGAUUCGAAAUUAUUGUUGGGGUUUAUCAUCUGGCUCAGCCUGCACAAUCUGCACUUUUUAGGCAUGGAGGUGAAAGUAGUUAUGAACAACUCUCCAAACAGUCAUCUGUGUACACCUGAUUGCAAAGACGCUUGUCUAGUUGAUAUUUGUGGACUAUGAGAAAAUGCUUCCUGGAUUCGAACACGAUCUUCUUGCUCCUUUUCGAUGCAGAACGCUACCAGUGUCUUGAAAGUAAGAACGUGAAUAUAGUGGCAUAUAGACCUGUUUGCUAGGCGACGACCAUGAGCAUACAACAGCCGUUGCUGGGUAAUGGCUCUGUAAACAACGGCCAUUGCUAGGGAAUGACCGCAGUAGGUUCAUAACAUACAAUAAUGGAGUGACUGGAAAGCGGUGUUCUCUAUACGUUUCGUGUGAUAGCUAUGUGAUGCAGCAACAGAAGAACUGUUGGGACAGGUCUUUUCUGUAUGAUCUGUGCCAAGGCAAUAUAAAGAGCUGCUGCAAUUAUGAGUGUGUCUCAAGAUGGCAGAGGAGUAGGAAGUUGGUGUGAGAGAGUAGUUGGCCAGUAAGAAUGUGAACAUGGUAGGGGAGGGGAAUCCUUAUUUAAGGUUUCCCUGGGAAGCAUUUAAUUUGAACACUAAAGUGAGGAAACUCUUAAAUGUAGGAAAUUUAACAGUGAGAUGGGUUCACCGAAAUUGGACAUUUCAGGAGGGAGAAUCUGAAAGUAAGGAACACUGAAUGGGGGUUGCACUGCAGUUGCCAUUGAGUCACAGUGUUUCAUAACAGUGGAUGUUUGCUUUAUGAGCGUUUUUAUAUGCUGAAGAGACCUUGGGAGACCUAGAUGUAUAUUAGAUGUUAUUAAAAUUGAUUGCAAAUAACUAUUGCAUUUACCAUCAUCAUUUAUGGGCCUUUUUCACUCAAAAUGUUGUAUCUGAAAGUUGUGGUGCAUAAAAUAUGCAAAUACUGCUCUUCAGAAUAUUAUUCCAUGUAUUAUAUUGAGGCAAUUACAAUGUGAAUGCAGUGUGGCAAUACGGUAUGAAUAUUCAUGCCUAUGAAUUCCCCUAUGCUAUUCCUUGAUGAACACUAAGAUAAAAAUGCUCCUUGAUAAUAUUUUUAUCAAUAUGUACUUUUCAUGGAAAGCGUGAUUAAUGUUCCCUAUACCAGGUCACAGUGUAUUUCUAAAGUUAAAUGCAUUAUUUGCAAAAGUUGUGGCAUCUUUGCUUAAGCCAGAACUGUGACACCAGCAGAGACAGCAGUUGCUAGGGAACAACUCUGCAAACAACGGCCUUUGCCAUGCAUUGGUUCAGUAGCGAUCGCAUGGUCACCCCAACAGACGAACAAAACAGUGGAAUAUCUGUGGGAAGUGACGUUUUCUAUGUGGCCUGUAAUGAAAUGUUACAAGCAGAACCAGUUAGAGAACUGCUGUAGUUCAGUCGUUGUGAGCGAUUCCUCUUAGAAACUGGUAGCUGAGGGCUGGGGACAGUUCAGGAAUCCAGAGUAAGGGGAACAUUGGCAUUCGGAAGCUGCUGCCAAGCAACAGCAGUGAAGACAUAACUACAGACACUAGUGUGUGUAAUAAUGAACUGUAAAGUGUAGUCGUGCACUGCACCAAAAUGGGCAAUAAAUCCUGUCAUCAUACCAGAACCUGUCUAUAGUCACACUGUAUACAUGUGACAUCUGGUGUCAGGAGUGGGAUUGGGUUGAUUGAUAGAUUGAAUUGAAUUAUGGGAUUGAAGAUUGCACUGUGUACUUACAGCAUCAUAUCACGGAAAUGGAACAAAUGAUGACACUUCUGCUGACCGAAAUAAGAACCAACCAAGAAAUGCUGGCCAGAAUGGAAGCCAAGAUCAAAGUCAAGGCAGACACCAAUAUGAGGGAAGCAAAGGCUGAAAUAAGAACCAAUCAAGAAAGGAUGGAAGCCAAGACAGAGGCAAGUAAUGAGAAGUUUGAGGUCAUUCAAGGUACUCGGUCUCUUAGACGGAUGCCCACCAUGCUAAGAUAGAAAGUAACCUUGUGGAAUGGAUGGCCACAAUGAAAGCCAGUCAAGAAAGGAUGGAAACCUUGAUGGAUAUCAGACUAUAGACAACAGAGGACUGCCUAGAAUAGACUGAGAUGAAUCAGGGAAAAGUAGAAGUGAAGAUGGAAUCAUGUCUAGAAAUCUUGAAAGUGAAGACUACUGCAGCACUGGAGAUUGGUAUCAGGACCAGUGUCUGGCUAUAAGGCACUGUAGACAGCCGAAGAAUUAGACCCAGGAUGAUGGUGGGUCUUGACAGAAGUUGGCCGCUGCCUGAGGACGGUUGAACUGCAGUGCCAAUUGUGCACUGCGCAAGGAAUGUUUUUUUAGGGGACCUGGCAAGACAACCAGCAGCGGCAUCAGAGAAUUAAGCAAGAGAUGGGAGCUACAUCUGGGAAGCAUGAACACAUUGUAAGAGGCCCUGGGACAAACUCUCGAGUUGGAAGUUGUGGAGUGAGCAGUCAAGAUUUCCAUCAGGUUGUGGAAAGUGAGUGACUGGACAUUGUGGAGGGGUUGGCCCCCUUCAAAAAGAAAGAAGAGAAGUCAAGAGCAUAGCCUUUGGAAAAGAAGAAAUGGUGGUAUGCAAGUAGGCUACUGGGAAUGAGCUGCCUCAAGGAGGGAGCAGCAGAAGCAGUUAGGGAGUAAUCACCAUGAGAACUGAGCUACAGGGAAGGAAGGUAAGGCUGAUCACAGACAUCACAAGCACAGCCCUUGGAAAAGAUGAAAUUGCAAUUUGCCUGUAUGCUACUUGGGGAUGAGCAGCCUUAAGGAGGGAGAAGUGUGGUGUAUUUGCUCAAGACAAAAUUAUGAAGCCAGCAAAGACAGCUGUUGUUAGGGAAUAGGUCUGCAAACAAUGGCUGUUGCUAGACAUUGGUUCAAUAGCAAUCACAUGGCCACCCAUACAGACA